CCCGUCUUCCCCCACCCCAUAACAACACACACGUAGCGCCCAGCCCGGAUGAGGAGCAGGGGUGGCCAGGGCGGGAGAAGGGGCAGAGAGCGGCCGGCCGCUCAGCUGAAAGCAAUCCUCUCCUAAUAAAGCGAUGGGGCUCGGGCCGCGGCGCCGCGCUCCCCGCGCCCUAUAAAUACGCUGGGUGCGCGGCCGGCGGGCUUUGGCCGGUGCGGCUCUGCAGGCGGCGCGGUGCAGCGGAGCGGAGCGAGCGCAGCGAGCGCAGCGGGGCCGCCACUGCCGCCGCCGCCAAGAGAGCCCCGGCCCCCGCCACCCCAGCAAGAUGCCCCGGGUAGACGCAGACCUCAAACUGGACUUUAAAGAUGUCCUGCUCAGGCCUAAAAGAAGCAGCCUCAAAAGCAGAUCAGAGGUCGACCUCACGCGCACCUUCACCUUCCGCAACUCCAAGCAGACAUACACAGGAAUUCCCAUUAUAGUGGCAAACAUGGACACUGUGGGAACAUUUGAAAUGGCCGUGGUUAUGGCAAAACAUGCAAUGUUCACUGCAAUUCACAAGCAUUAUUCUCUGGAAGAAUGGAAACUGUUUGCUGCCAAUCACCCAGAAUGCCUUGAGCACGUAGCAGCAAGCUCGGGCAGUGGAAAAGCUGAUUUGGACAAGUUAACAAGUAUUCUAGAGGCCAUUCCACCUAUCAGAUACAUCUGCCUGGAUGUGGCAAACGGCUAUUCAGAGCACUUUGUGGAGUUUGUGAAGUCUGUCCGUGCCCUGUUCCCACAUCAUACCAUUAUGGCAGGCAAUGUGGUGACGGGAGAGAUGGUAGAAGAACUUAUUCUUUCUGGAGCAGAUAUUAUUAAAGUGGGUAUUGGACCAGGUUCUGUGUGUACCACUCGGAUUAAGACAGGGGUGGGAUAUCCACAGCUAAGUGCUGUUAUUGAAUGUGCAGACUCAGCACAUGGCUUGAAAGGACAUAUCAUCUCUGACGGAGGAUGCAGCUGUCCAGGAGAUGUCGCCAAAGCUUUUGGAGCCGGUGCCGAUUUUGUCAUGCUUGGAGGAAUGUUUGCAGGCCAUGACCAGUGUGCUGGAGAGAUUAUGGAAAAGAAUGGCAAGAAGGUGAAACUCUUCUAUGGAAUGAGCUCUGAUACAGCCAUGAAGAAGCAUGCAGGAGGGGUUGCUGAAUACAGGGCUUCAGAGGGCAGAACUGUGGAGGUACCAUACAGAGGGGACGUGGAACUCACCAUCCUGGACAUCCUCGGAGGGCUGCGCUCCACCUGCACCUACGUGGGAGCUGCCAAACUCAAGGAACUGAGCAGGAGAACAACGUUUAUCCGGGUCACCCAGCAGCACAGCCAGGUCUUCUCUUAGCCUAAAAUUGGGGGACUGGAGAGAGAGGGGUGGGGGAGAGGAGCAGGAAGGGCUGCUGUUUUGUUUUGCUUUCUCCUCCACGUUGUGUUAGUGGCAAACUCUCCUCAGAACGGCAGUGUCACAGCCAUCGGAGGGGCUGUGGCUGGCAUUUGAAGGGGCAGGUUGUGCUGUUAACACAGUGCCAUUGGUUCAAAAUGCAAUAGCCUCAUCUUUUAUUGUUGUGCCUAUUUUAUUUUUUAACCAGCAUUUCUUCCCCUGUUUCCCCGCCCCCCCCCCCCAUCUGAUAAGUAGUGGCUGAAACCUGAAUUAACAGAGAAUUGGCUUGUACAGACGUGGCUCUUGCGCCUGCACACACACACGCACACAUUCCUUCUUUCUAGACUGACCUGUCAGCUACCACCGCUUCUGGCGGUGCACCCUCCAGCAGUUGCAGGCUGGGAGAGAAAAAGAUGCAAGGAAUUGUGUGGAGAAAUCAAAUUCUUUUCAUUUUUGUUCUGACCAAAGCGUAGAUGUUUGUGGCACGGCUGCCAGCCUGCAGAACGCCAGAGGUUGAUGGUUGACGAGGCCUGGCUGUUGGUGACUUCUUAUGGUGAUGAUAAAAAUGCCAGUCUUAGUUCACAGGGCUGUUACUGCUGGUUUUAAUUAAAUGUCCCUAUUCAAUGGACUUGCCUUUUCAGAGAAGCUGGCAUUGAAUGUAGCGAGCCCCCUUCCCCCCAUCUCAGGAGAGAACGUCUCAGAGCUUGCCUGCUUUUUCAUGCGUGCAGUUAUUGAGUUACUUGUACUCUGGCUUUUACCUGCUCUCUUGAACAGAUUUCUAAGACAUUGAAACUCGGCAACAGCAACCCACCACGGAGAGGUUUCUCUCCAGCCCUCCCUGUUCCCUUGCCUGUUUGUAUCCAUUUAGAAAAGACAAACAAAUGCUGCGCCGUGCAUUGUCUGUGGCCAGGUGAACGAGGCCAGAGGGAUCACAUUCAGUUUGGGUUAUCUGGUACCACUCCUCUGCAGUCCCUGACGCCAGGGAAGGCAAAAGAGAGCUUUUGGCAGAAGAGCCUGGUUGUAAGACACCGGUGGCUGAGAGGGAGUUAACGCAUUUGCUCUACAGGCAGUAAUGAAUGUUUAAGACUCUGGGUAACACUUUAAUAAAAUGUAAUGGCCCACUAAUUAAUUGAUAAAUCACAAUGAAAUUUCUUUGGAAAUACACAAUUGCAUCCGCAUGGAAUACCACAGCAGCUCGUUAUGAUAAAUGAUGUAAAAGUGAGCACAAUGAAUUAAUAAUGCUCAGCCACUUACUUUAAAGUGCUGCUGAGAUGGUAAAACAGCUGAUGUUACUUCAGAGUCUUACUUUCCCGUCCCGUCGCUAUCUGUAGAAAGAGGCAGGCGUCCUUUGAAAGCAAAAGAGUGAUCUGUAGGAAGAGGAAUAGCAAAGAGAAACUCUAGAAUUAAACUCAUAUGCUGGACUGCUCAGAAAGCCAUGCACGAGGAGUGGUACAAUUGACCGUGCUGAGGAGCACAUCUAGGCCACAGGCUGAUCCCUGGUGAUACUCAAGUGUGUUGUGCACAUUAGAAAAAAAACACAGAGUAUUUUCUAAAUAGCCUGAUAUUUUAAAUGUCUUCCAUUUAACAUGUAGGACACAAUUCUUAAUUGGGGUGUGAUCCCUUCCUCUGCUUUGGAGGCAAAUAAGGGCCUUAAUGUGAGCACAGAUUACACCUGUGCUGUUUUGUGAGCACAGGUUACACCUGUGCUGGCUUUAGGGCCCAUUUGCCCUGCCCACAUACCACAAAGGAACCUGAAUGCAGGAGAGAAGAAGGCCUGUGAAUAAAGGAGCUGAUCUCUGUUCCCUCCAGCCUGAAAGCAUCACAUUAAGAAGGUUCCAGGCCUCUUUACCACAAACCUACCGUGGGCCACAUACUGCUCUUACUCGCCCUAAGCCCAGAGCGCAGGCAGUGUUACUGCUCUGCCUAAGUAUGGUUGUAGGACGUCACUGCUCCUUUAUUUAUGGGAUGUGAAGGGCAGGGGUGCAAAGGCAAAUGAACACCACCCCCUGUGAGGAGUGGGGUUGGACCAUCAGGCCUCACCACAGGUGUCUCUCCACACUCGUGCCUUCAUAUGUGGGAACUGCAGCAGUUGCUGGUCUCACGCCUCCUCUCGCUCGCGCUUUUCUACUUCUUUUAGCUACAUUUCUAAAUGGAAUUUAAGAAAUACAUAUACAUAUAUAAAAUAUAUAUAUUUGUAAACAUUUUUUUAAAAAAGAUCAUACGCACACUGACCAGAGCAGCUUCAUGACAUCUCUUCGGAAUAGUUUCUUUUCCAAAAGGCAGGUCCCCUCUCACACAUACCUCUGGCUGACCAGUGACUGAUAGGAAAGGAUGGGGAUGGGCUUAUCUGAAGUUGUCCCCAGAGUUCUCCAGGCUGUGAAUGACAUUGAGGCUAAGAAUAGUCACUGAUAGAGCUUUGAGUUAGGGUGUUCGGUUUUCUAAAUAGCAGCUCCUACCAUCGUUUUGAUAAGCAGCAUGUUUUCUCUUUGGUUUUGUCCUUCUCGCCCCAGAGUGGAGAGAGAAGUGGGCUGCAGAAGGGCUGACCCGGUGGCACGUCUGCAUCUCGCCCAACAUUAUAUCGGGUUUUUGUUCUGGGAUAGCCCCCAACUCUGUCAGUGGUCGCCGUUGGCACUGUUCAUGCCCAGCUCUCAGACGGACUGGAAAAA